CUUAUGCAGAGAGAGAGAGAGAGAGAGCGGCAACGCUCUUCUCUUUCAUGUAGAGAGAUAUAGAGAGAGAGAGUUCUGAUUCUACGGCGUAGUCUCUCUCACUGCCGUGGAGCUUUUAUCGCCAAGAAGACCAUCACCUCUCUCUCUUCCUCCUCUUCUGCGAUUAUUAUUAUUAUAGCUCUGGCAGAUUAAAAAAAAAAAAAAAAAGAUGAUGAAGCUAUUGAAUCUGUUCAUCACUUCAUUUAAACCAGUUGUGGAGAUUCUUUUGAUCACUUCUGUCGGAUUCUACUUGGCUCUCGACGGUGUCAAUCUUCUCGGUCAAGAUGCUCGUAAAAUUUUGAACAACAUUGUCUUCUAUGUGUUUAGUCCUACUCUUAUUGGGAGCCGUUUAGCUGAUAGUGUUACAUCUGAAAGCUUGGUCAAAAUGUGGUUUAUGCCGGUUAAUGUUUUGUUCACUUUCAUGAUUGGUUCGUUACUGGGCUGGAUUGUUGUUGUCAUCACUAAGCCGCCUCGGCAUCUCCGUGGUCUCAUUGUUGGUUCUUGUGCUGCUGGGAAUUUGGGGAAUCUGCCACUUAUCAUUGUCCCAGCGGUUUGUAAAGAAAAAGGAGGUCCCUUUGGAGAUCCUGAGAGUUGCGAGAAAUAUGGAAUGGGUUAUGUUUCUCUAUCCAUGGCUGUAAGUUACUCUGUCUCUCUCUCUUUCUUUCUUCUUCAAGAUCUUUAUAUCACAGUUUGUCAUGACACUUACUUGGUAAUGUAUCAGAUGGGGUCUAUUUACAUAUGGACAUACAUGUACAACCUUAUGCGUGUGCUAUCGAGCCCUCCUGUUGAAAUCCCACAAUCUCUUGAAUCAGACUACGACAGCUGCAAAGUCCCACUUAUUUCUUCCAAGGAAGAAGAAGACAACAAUAAGGUGGGGAGGUGGGAAAAAGUCAAGAGAAGAUUGGUUUCACUGUCAGAGAAAGUUAACCUUCGGACGAUAUUUGCUCCAUCAACUAUUGCUGCGAUGAUCGCGCUUGUGAUCGGGCUCAUUACUCCUUUAAGGAAGCUAAUAAUCGGCACGGAAGCUCCUCUCAGGGUGCUUCAAGACUCUGUGACUCUAGUGGGAGAUGGGGCCAUUCCUGCUAUGACCCUGAUCAUUGGAGGAAACCUACUCAAAGGUAUAAAGAGUUCAGGAAUGAAAAUGUCCAGCAUUAUCGGCGUCUUGGUCGCACGUUACAUUUUGCUGCCUAUGUGCGGUGUUUUAAUUGUAAGAGGAGCAUAUAAGUUGGAUUUGAUCACCUCAGAACCCUUGUACCAGUUCGUUCUUCUUCUUCAGUAUGCUGUUCCACCAGCCAUGAAUCUAGGUACAAUUACUCAGUUAUUUGGAACUGGGGAGAGUGAAUGCUCGGUGAUUAUGCUCUGGACUUACUCUUUGGCUUCGAUUUCACUCACUGUUUGGCCCACGUUCUUCAUGUGGCUUGUGGCCUAAACCUCCACUGUCCACGCUUGAUCUUGUUAUAGGUAUCCAUUUAUUCAAGAAUGAAUCGUUCUUGGACUUCCAUAUGAUUGGAUCAUAUGUAUAAUAGAGAAGAAUAUCAAGUCCAGCCAUAUCAAGGUUUGGAACAGAUUAAGAGAAACUCUUGCGAAACACCUACCUAUAGGAACAUGUUUAUGACCUUCCCCUUCAAGGUUUAAAAAUGCAUGCUCAUUUUCCUAAUAAAUGUAAGGUACUUUAUUGAUAACAUUUUUGGAUAAAUUAUCACAUUAUUUCCCUGA